ACGCGACACUUUGGUGGUGUAAACGCAAAUACAGUUCAACACGACUGAAUGGUUCACUAUUUUGCAUCAUCUUCCUGACUCAUCUCGUAAAGCUCCCCUUCAAGAAUUUGGACGUACCUGAAAAUGCUCAAAUUUAUGAGCAGCGAAUACAUUCAGAAGUUCUCAGAUUCCUCAUCGAAUUGAAGCGUCAUGGCAGGCGGGAACAAGAAAAAGAAGAAGCCCGCGGCGAAUCCCGCCAGAGGCUUUGCCACGACAUCAAUUGCGUCGAAGCCAAAGGUAGAGGCGGCAACCGAGGAGCAGCCUGGACAAGUUGAAGCGAACGGACAACAAGAAGUCAAAUCAUCCACAGCUCCAUCAAUCGGUAAUACAACAACGGUUCAAGAUGCGAACACACUACAGACGCGAGAGCUUUCUGAAUUGUCUCCCGAGGAACUUGAAGCGCAACUAGAGGCAUCUGCAUUGCAACAAUUUGUCGAGAACAACGCCGCUAAAGUCAAGAAAGAGACCACACGACAGGUCACUCGCUACCAAACAGACAGGCGGCUAUUACGGUCACAGGCGGAGUUUCUUUCGCUGAAAGACUGGCUACCUGAUGAGUUAAUGCAACAGAUUGGAGAUCUAAUCUCAUCGGAUUUGAAACAGGAGUCAAUAGCCCCAAGAAAAAUCGAGCCGUCACGUAAAGAUGACGUGGCUGCCAAGUUGUGGAUUGUUCGACAAUGUCUAAUCGAUUUGGAAGUCCCCUUGGACAGGGUCAAUGAAGUUCUCGCUUGGUUGAUCAGUAAUCCCCCUGCCAGCACGCUGACAGCGCAGGCAUGGGGCAUAGAGGAGUGCUUGGAGUGGUUAGCCCUGAAUUGCAGUGGUGAAGAGCUCGAUGAGUAUGAUUCGACCAGAGUAAGGACGGUUGCAAAGGACGUCGACGAUGAAACUUUUGACGAGGAGGACGAAUCUCGUUCCUCCGCCACUAAAUUUAGUAUUGAAGCGAGCGCUUCGAAGAGGGACUCUCCUCAACAAACAUCCUCGACCCAUGAUUCCGGCGCGGACGAAGAUCUAGCUGUCAGCGACUUGGACAGCGAUCUAGAGCCCGAUCAGCUAAGCGAGGCUUGGCUAAGGACCAAAAGGCAGCUUUUCAUGAUCAAUCCUACAGAGAAUGACGGGAGCGGGAAGAAAAGUAAAAGUACCAAAUCUGCAAAGUCUGACUCUGCUGUCAACAAAAGUCGGUCAGAACGAAAGCUGGAUGCAAAACUCAGCAAGAUCGAGUCCGAUGUUCUCUUCGAUCUACGCGAAGCAGAGUAUCAAUGGGCUGAGAUCAAAAUCGAUCUAGUACGCCAGGCCGCUGAGCGCAAGAGAUUGCAACUUCAGCCUGACACGGGUGCCAAACCAAGCCGGGCUACAGCCGCGUCUUCAUCAGAUGUGAAUGACGAGGCUGAGAAGAUUGCCAAAGAGAUGCUUGCGGAAAAUGACUUGAGCGACGGCGAAGACUUUCUUGGUGGCAUAUUCGAUGCUCUGCCCGGAGUUCAACAAGCCACCAACGGGUCAGGAGCUGCGACGCGAGAUGGUCGAAGCCGGGUAUCCUUGAAGCAAAUCUCGCCCACGACGUACUCAUGCCGUCAUUCUGUUACCAUACACUGGAGCAGGGAACAAAUAAUCAUGGAUCACAAAUUCCUGCCCAGCAUCAGUGUCAAACGAAAGCCGACGACGCUUCUCGUUUCUAUGAUCGAGGUAGCUACGCCCGACUUGGCACAGAGCGAGGCUUACGUCUGCACAGUAGCUCUGUUCUUAAUAUUUUCAGGAUCGCCAAAGGAAGAGAAGGCUCAUCUCCGACUUCCAGCAGCGUUCCGCGAUCUUUGGGACGAGUUCGAACGCUUGAGGCUAGAGCACGUCCAGAAGGAGGAUAGCAUCACUGCCAAGGCUGUCCUUGAUAUCGUUGACCGGAACAUGCAGAGUCCGGAUGACGAUGAUGACAACGAGGUCGUUUUCAAUGCCAAUCUGCGUCGAAGAUUUGAUGGCUCAACCGGGACAUCUACCCCGACAUCGCGCAUUGAAACCAACAAGACAACUUCUGAAUCACAAUCGCUCGAAUUGCAACAGAUGUGGGCGAAUAAAUCAAGCUCUGAAGCAUACCAAUAUAUGUUGGUUGGUAGACAGAAUCUGCCAAUGUACAGAUUCAAAGCUGAAGCCCUUGAUAUAAUCCGCCGCAAUCAGGUCACCAUUUUAUGUGGUGAGACAGGUUGUGGGAAGAGUACACAGCUACCAGCCUUCAUCUUGGAGCACGAGCUCUCGCAAGGCAGAUCAUGUAAGAUUUAUUGUACUGAGCCACGUCGAAUAUCUGCCAUCUCCUUAGCUCAACGUGUUAGCGAGGAAAUGGGCGAACGGAAAGGCGAUGUUGGCACAAACCGCUCUUUAGUUGGAUAUGCCAUCAGACUGGAGUCGCACACGUCAGUAUCUACUCGACUCGUCUAUGCGACCACUGGAAUCGUUCUCCGCAUGCUUGAAAAUGCUGACGGGUUGGCGGAGAUAACUCAUCUUGUCAUCGACGAGGUACAUGAACGGAGCAUUGAUACGGAUUUCUUGCUCAUCGUCCUUCGAUCAUUGAUGCUCAAGAGGCCCGGCUUGAAGGUAGUAUUGAUGAGUGCCACCGUUGAUGCGCAAAAGUUUUCAAACUACCUCGAUGGUGCGCCAGUCAUCAAUGUCCCCGGUCGAACUUUCCCGGUACAGGCUUAUUUCCUGGAGGAUGCUAUUGAGAUCACCGGACACACCAACGAGGACGCUGCUGCUGCAACCGUUGAUGAGGAUAGUAUUGACGAAGAUCAGCCAAAAGAGGGAAAGCCUCAAGCUUUGGAGGGAUAUAGUGCACGCACACGGAAAACACUCGACACAUACGAUGAAUAUCGAAUCGACAUGAGCUUGAUAGUGAAGCUCUUGGAGAGAAUUGGAUACGAUGGUAAUUAUGAGCCAUUCAGUAAGGCUGUCCUCGUCUUUCUGCCUGGUAUCGCCGAGAUUCGACAACUCAACGAUAUGCUUGGGGGUCACCCUCGCUUCCUCAAAGGCUGGCACGUCUAUCCUCUCCAUUCUUCGUUCUCAAGCGACGAUCAGCAAGCGGCUUUUGAUGUUCCUCCACCGGGUUUUCGCAAAAUCGUCUUGGCCACAAAUAUCGCCGAGACGGGUAUCACGAUUCCAGACGUGACGUGCGUCAUCGACACAGGAAAGCACAAAGAGAUGCGUUUCGACGAGCGAAGACAGAUGUCUCGAUUGAUCCAGAGCUUCGUGGCCAAAGCAAAUGCGAAGCAACGUCGUGGUCGCGCCGGUCGUGUACAGGAAGGCAUUUGCUUUCACCUCUUCACUAAGCACCGACACGAUCAUCUCAUGGUAGACCAGCAAACUCCGGAAAUGCUACGACUUUCUCUGCAGGACUUGGUCAUGAGAGUCAAGAUUUGUAAAUUGGGAGAUAUCGAACGUGCACUCGCACAAGCCCUUGAUCCUCCGUCGAGCAAGAACAUACGCCGAGCUAUCGAUGCGCUCGUUGAGGUUGGCGCUUUAACUACUGGCGAGGACCUCACGCCGCUCGGUAGUCAACUGGCCAAACUUCCGCUCGACACGCAGCUGGGGAAACUGAUCUUGCUCGGAAGCAUUUUCAAAUGUCUUGACUUUACUCUUACUGUAGCUGCCAUGCUAUCUUCCAAGUCACCCUUCUUGAGCCCAAUGCACCAGAAGAAGCAAGCCGACACAGUCCGCCUUGCCUACCGUCGCGGAGAUUCGGAUCUGCUGACGGCCUACAAUGCCUACAGCACAUGGCGAAAAGUGUGCCAGACACCCGGAAUCACAGAAUAUUCCUUCUGUAACAAGAACUUCCUCAGUCCGCAAAAUCUCGCCAAUAUCGAAGAUCUCAAAGCCCAACUUCUCUCAUCGCUCGUCGACGCCGGCUUCGUGCAGCUCGGCAACGAAGAACGGUCCGCGCUGCAGAAAAUGCGUCACAACUCCCGCCACCGCAACUUCGUUCUGAUCCCUGCCGCAUACACGCGCUUCGAUGACAAUGAUCUCCUCACCACCUCCGUCGUCGCCUGGUCCUUCUACCCCAAAAUCAUCACCCGUGACGGAAAAGGCUGGCGCAACAUCGCCAACAACCAAUCCCUCGCUCUGCAUCCGACCUCCGUCAACAAAACAUCGCUCGCACCCGAUGUGAAAUACCUCUCUUUCUACAGCAUCAUGCAAUCCUCCUCGCGCUUCACCAACGCCCAGGAGACCACCGCCGUCUCGGAUGUCGCGCUCGCAAUCAUGACCGGCGAAGCUGUCUUCCACAUGUACGCAGGUGUCGUCGUCAUUGAUGGGAACCGUCUCCGCUUCAAAGUCCGCGAUUGGAGAACUAUGGUUGUCCUCAAGACCCUCAGGGCCAAGGUCAAGGAGGUUUUGGCGAAACUGUUGAGGAGUCAGGGAAGGGAAUUGGGCGAUCGGCCCAGGAGGUGGAUGAAUAUCCUCGAGGGCAUCUUUGAGAGGUUGAAGCCUGUGAGUGCGACGCCGGCGGUCACGCUAAGGUGA